CCUCCUGCCGUCAGGGAAACAUUAACUUCGAGUUCUGCUGUCAUUUGGGGGUAAAACAGGUUAGAAAGUACCUUGCAGAAAACAGGUUAAGACUAAAUAGACGCAAACGACAAUGCAAAUUCCUGUUUUUACGGUCGAUGCAUUCACAAACCGGCCAUUUUCUGGAAAUCCUGCGGCAGUUUGUCUGCUUGAAAAUGACUUGGAUGAAGAUUUGCACCAAAAAAUCGCAACAGAAAUGAACCUUUCAGAAACAGCUUUCAUCAGAAAACUGCACCCUGGAGAUGACUUUACCAAAAGUUCCUGCUUUGGACUCAGAUGGUUCACCCCAGCCAGUGAAGUUCCUCUCUGUGGUCAUGCUACACUUGCAGCAGCUGCUGUGUUGUUUCACAUACAAAAAAACACAAAUUCAGUUCUCACGUUUGUGACGCUGAGUGGGGAAUUAAAAGCCAGACAAGCGGAAGAUCAUAUUGUCCUGGACUUACCACUUUACUUAACCUACCCACAGGUACUUCAGGAAGUAGAAGAGUUAAUAAAGGCAGCCGUUGGUGACAUGAUUGUUCAAGAUCUCCGUUAUUCUCCUGACACAAAGAAACUCCUAGUCCGCCUCAGUGAUGCUUAUGAAAGGUCUGUGUUGGAAGAACUGCAAGUGAGCGCACAACACUUUUUGUCAGCUGAAAAGACGGGAAAGGUGAAAGGACUCAUACUCACUCUUAAGGGAAAUCCCAGUGGAAAACAUAAAGGCCAUGAUUUUUACUCCAGAUAUUUUGCACCUUGGUAUGGACUUCUGGAAGACCCUGUUACAGGAUCUGCCCAUGCUGUUUUAAGCAGCUACUGGUCAGAGCAGCUGGGGAAGAAGGAAAUGCUUGCUUUUCAAUGUUCCCGCCGUGGAGGAGAGUUGAAGAUUUCACUGCGUAACGAUGGAAGAGUUGACAUUGCGGGGCAAAUAGCUAUUGUAUUAAAAGGAAAACUGACUUUCUGA